CCUUUCUAUUCUUGCUUAUAAAGUGUGAAAAUGUCAAGAAAUUCUAGAGCAAGCUUUGAAUCUCUCUCCCUCUCUCUCUCCCUCUCUAUACAUAUAUAGACACGCUUGUUUCUUUUGGCUUUCCAAGGAGAGGAUCGAGGGGUACAUUGGUCGAUAAUUAAAGUCUCAACUCUUUGAAUCAUAUCAAAACUGAUCGAUGGCAAUGAAGCAAAAAAUAGUGUUCAAGGUACAGAUGAAUUGCGAGAGAUGUAGGAUUAAGACGCUCAAGGUUGUGUCGGAUGCAGAUGGUGUGGAUUCUAUGGGAUUUGAAGGAGAGAGGAGGGAGAACGUGGUUGUGAUCGGAGAUGGAGUUGAUGCUGCUACUUUAGCCAGCAGGUUAAGGAAGAAAGUUGGGCACACUGAAAUUAUCAGUGUUGCCCUAGCGAAGUGAAAGACAGACAAGGCUACUAGCUCCAACCUUAAUUAGCUUAGCUUUCAUGAAAGAAUUAAAACUAUUCUAAAAUCUUUGCUGUAUAGGAUCAUGUGGCGCAAAGAGAUCUGACUGCAAUAAAAUUUGCUUUGUGUUAGUUCGGUCCCUACUACCCUAUAGAAUAGUUUUGUGUUAGUUCGGUCCCUACUACCCUAUAGAAUAGUCUUCUUUGGAGUUGACUGUAUUGUAGCCCUUAUAAAUUCAAUAAUAAUAAUAAUAAUCCAUUUCCA